GGAAGCAAUUUAGAAAUUACAAGAAAAAACCAACCAUUAAGGAGAAAAAGCAUUGGCCAAAAAGACAUAAAGAAAUAUCUGACGAUGGGAAGCGCAAGCACCAGCGCUGCUCUAAUCUCCCAUUUGCAGCUCAACAGAUGCUGCUUCAAACUCGUUGAGUCAACCAGGACCCAGCUCGAGUUCAACUCUCUCAAAUUCAGGCAUUCAAGGAGAGGGAAGCUGGAAUUCGCUGCUUCCCGGCGCGGGAAAGGUUUUAGAACAGCCGUUUGUUUCGCUGCCGUUGACGAUGAUGUCAAAGAGAAUCGGCAACAAGUCUUCAGUGAAACCAGAAGCGCCUCUGCCACUGAAGAUAGGCCUGAUGUGGUUAAUAUCUCACCAGAAGAAGCACCAUUUGAGCAGAAUAAUGAAGGAAGUUCGCUUUAUAAUUUUCUUUAUCCCGAUAAAGAUCUCCUCCCAGAUGAUAAAGAAAUGACCAUAUUUGAUCAUCUUGAAGAGUUACGACAGAGGAUAUUUGUGUCUGUAUUGGCUGUUGGAGCUGCUAUAUUGGGAUGCUUUGCAUUUUCAAAAGAACUGAUAGUGUUUCUUGAAGCUCCUGUUAAAGUACAGGGUGUACGAUUUCUGCAACUAGCUCCUGGAGAGUUUUUCUUCACAACUUUAAAGGUGUCAGGAUAUUGUGGCCUUCUUUUAGGAAGCCCUGUAAUUCUGUAUGAGAUCAUAGCCUUUGUUCUUCCAGGCUUAACCAGAGCAGAGAGAAGGUUUCUGGGGCCUAUUGUGUUGGGCUCCUCAGUUCUUUUCUAUGCUGGUAUUGCUUUCUCCUACUUGGUUCUGACUCCAGCAGCCUUAAAUUUCUUUGUUACUUACGCGGAAGGGGUUGUGGAAUCUUUGUGGUCCAUUGAUCAGUACUUUGAGUUUGUACUAGUGCUCAUGUUCAGCACAGGCUUGUCUUUCCAGGUUCCCGUCAUACAAUUUCUUCUUGGACAACUUGGUCUUGUGUCUGGGGACCAGAUGCUUUCCAUUUGGAGGUAUGUAGUGGUUGGUGCAGUUAUUGCAGCAGCUGUACUCACACCAUCAACGGAUCCUCUUACACAGAUGCUUCUGGCAGCACCACUUUUGGGACUUUACUUAGGCGGUGCAUGGGUUGUUAAGCUUACUGGACGGUGAUCACUACAUCAUUCAAAACUUAAGUUGGGAUUGGUCUAGCAGCCAGUGCAUGGCAAGCAUGCUCGUUUUGUAUAUUGUUAAAAAAUAGUCAUAACGAUGACUGCAAGAUCAGCCAAUAAAUUCUUUGUAUCGAAUUUGUAUCAUUAUAUAUUUUUUAUUUUAUCA